UUGGUCAGACCUCACGGGACCCCAGGAGGACGGGCAGACACUGAGUCCUGAGUGGGGAGUCCCCUGCCCGCGGCCACGCAGCGAGGCAGGACGGUCAGCCUCGGACGCAGAGGGCACUCAGCUUUCCCCAGAGAGUGUCUGCGGGCUGCUUUCCUUGGGGGGGCGGCCCCGAGUCCACCCGACCCCCCGGUAGAGAGAAGCCUGGGAAGUGGCAGGCCCGAGGCUGCUGAGUGUCGGCGUGAGAGCGAGGCUGUUCCCUGGGCCAUGGAGGCGCCUCUGCAGACGGAGAUGGUGGAGCUGGUGCCCAACGGCAAGCACUCAGAGGGGCUGCACUCCGCGGGCAUCCCCACCGCAGGCAGCGAGAGGGCCCACAGCCGGCGGAGCCACGUGGAGGGCGAGGGCUUCGUGCACAAAAGCCCGGGCAAGGAGCCGCACUUCACCGACUUUGAGGGGAAGACCUCGUUCGGGAUGUCGGUGUUCAACCUGAGCAACGCCAUCAUGGGCAGCGGCAUCCUGGGGCUGGCCUUCGCCAUGGCCAACACGGGCAUCAUCCUCUUCCUGUUCCUGCUGACGGCCGUGGCCCUGCUCUCCAGCUACUCCAUCCACCUGCUGCUCAAGUCCUCGGGGGUCGUGGGGAUCCGUGCCUAUGAGCAGCUGGGCUACCGCGCCUUCGGGACCCCCGGCAAGCUGGCGGCCGCCCUGGCCAUCACGCUGCAGAACAUUGGAGCCAUGUCCAGCUACCUGUACAUCAUCAAGUCCGAGCUGCCCCUGGUCAUACAGACCUUCCUGAAUCUGGAGGAGAAAACUUCGGACUGGUACAUGGAUGGGAACUACCUGGUGAUCCUGGUCUCGGUCACCAUCAUUCUGCCCCUGGCACUGAUGCGGCAGCUCGGCUACCUGGGUUACUCCAGCGGCUUCUCGCUCACCUGCAUGGUUUUCUUCCUAGUUGCAGUCAUCUACAAAAAGUUCCAGGUGCCAUGCCCACUGCUCUCCAACUCUGCCAACAUCACAAGCAACUCCAGCCUUGGGGAGGGAACACCGCCCCUGGGGGAGACUUUCAGCUCAGACUCCUGCACCCCAAACUACUUCACACUCAACAUACAGACGGCAUACACCAUCCCCAUCAUGGCCUUCGCCUUCGUCUGCCACCCCGAGGUGCUGCCCAUCUACACGGAGCUCAAGGAUCCCUCCAAGAGGAAGAUGCAGCACAUCUCCAACCUGUCCAUCGCCGUCAUGUACGUCAUGUACUUCCUGGCCGCCCUCUUCGGCUACCUCACCUUCUAUGACCGCGUGGAGUCGGAGCUGCUGCACACCUACAGCCAGGUGGACCCGUUCGAUGUGCUGAUCCUCUGCGUGCGCGUGGCCGUGCUGACGGCGGUCACACUCACGGUGCCUAUCGUGCUGUUCCCGGUGCGCCGCGCCAUCCAGCAGAUGCUGUUCCCGGACCGGGAGUUCAGCUGGCUGCGGCACGUGGUCAUCGCCGUCGGCCUGCUCACCUGCAUCAACCUGCUGGUCAUCUUCGCCCCCAACAUCCUGGGCAUCUUCGGGAUCAUCGGUGCCACGUCGGCCCCAUGCCUCAUCUUCAUCUUCCCUGCCAUCUUCUACUUCCGCAUCGUGCCCACCGAGAGGGAACCUGCCAAGUCCACCCCCAAGAUCCUGGCCCUUUGCUUCGCUGUGCUUGGCUUCUUGAUGAUGACCAUGAGCUUGAGUUUCAUCCUCAUUGACUGGGUGUCGGGGACCAGCCGGAGUGGAGGAAGCCACUAGGACAGCCCGUCCUGUUCUGCCGACUCAUCCUGCGCCCCUGCCCAGACUCCUCAGCCCCUGCUCGCACCCGGCGCCAGGCAGGGCCAGGAGAAAGGCGUGGCUAACGUUAUGGCGGCGCAUGGCCCUGCCCCACGUCCUCUCUGUGAAAGGCUUUUAUUUUUAAAAAGAACCAGGACCAAGGCCCUUGGCCCGACCCUGCUGGGCCCUGGGGCUGCAGCGCCUUCCUGAGCUGGGCGCGGGGGGCUGCACCCCUGCUCCCCUCAUGUUGCCUCAGAUCCCCCCAAACCCCGCUCCCCCCUUGCACAGAGGCGGACACUGAGUCACCCCGCCUGUGGGGCACACAGAGCGGGGACCAGGCCGCAGCCACCCCCACCUGGCUGCUGGGCCACGGUCUGCCCUGAGGCCCCAGCUCCCUUGCCCCCAUGGCCUCCCCCCC